GUUUUAAAAUGGUAUCCACUCUUAAAUAUGGAGAAACAGAGCGUAAAAACCUCACAGCACUUAAAUCCAAUACAAUAAUAUUUUUGAGCGAAUUUUUUGGAACUCUACUUCUUGUAUUCAUGACUUGUAUGGGUUGUACUAUGCAGAAGGAUUUAUCAACACUACAGAACUCAUUAGUUCCUGGUUUAGUUGUCAUGAUUAUUAUUCACAUUUUUGGACCAAUUUCUGGAGCCCACGUAAACCCGGCAGUAUCAAUAGCACAUCUCAUAAUAAAUAAACCGAGCAUUCUUGAGAUAGUGGUUUAUAUUGUUGCACAAUUAAUUGGUGGUGUUAGUGGAUAUGGCUUAUUAAUGGUCAUAACUCCAACAAAGUAUUAUAAUGUAUCUGGACAUUGUUUAAAUUUACCGCAUACGGAAUUAAAAGACUGGCAAGCGGUUGCAGCAGAGUUUUUAAUGACGUUUGUUAUGUUACUUGCGGUGUGUGCAACAUGGGACAAAAGAAAUGCGAAAAUUCAGGACUCAGUCUCGUUAAGAAUUGGACUUUUGGUGGCCACUUUAAAUAUGAUUGGGGGAACCUAUACUAGUACCAGCAUGAACCCUGCAAGAAGUUUUGGUCCAGCUAUUUGGAAGGGAGAUCUUAGACACCAUUGGAUAUACUGGGUUGGUCCUUUGCUAGGAAGUAUUGUGGCUAGUCUCUUUUAUAAAUAUGUGCUCAUGAGAUUUGAAUGA